AUGUCGACGGAGGCCGAGAUCCAGGACACCUCUGCAAUCGUGGAUGGUGAUGCUCCUGCUCGUCCACCACGUGCUCCUCCGAUUCCUGCAUCGGUCAAGAUCAAUGUGGAGGGAGCAUUCAUUGUCGAUGACGAGGUGAACGACCGAAAUGGUGUGGAAAAUGAAUACGUUCAUUGGGAACGGAAGGAUAUCAGGCUGCCGCAUCACACGGAUGUGGUCAGCCAUGUCGCCGUUGAUAUUGGGGGCUCCCUCGCAAAGCUCGUAUAUUUCUCGCGCGAACCUGGUUCUACUCAUGGUGGUGGUCGAUUGAACUUUGUCAAUUUCGAAACCGACCGCAUUGAUAUGUGCAUUGAUUUCAUUCAAGAACUCAAACAAACGCAGUCCAAAUUAAACGGAUCGACACCCCAGCAAUUAAUUGUCAUGGCAACAGGAGGAGGCGCAUACAAAUUCUACAAUCGAAUGAAAGAGGUGCUUCAUGUCGAUGUUGUUCAAGAGGACGAAAUGGAAUGUCUCAUCAUAGGACUGGACUUCUUCAUCACGGAGAUCCCGCGUGAAGUCUUUACAUACAGUGAAGAAGAGCCAAUGCAAUUUGCCGAAGCCCGCGCCGACAUAUAUCCCUAUCUUCUUGUCAAUAUCGGAUCAGGUGUCUCGAUGGUGAAAGUGUCAGGCCCUCGAGAAUUCCAGCGGGUGGGCGGCACAUCACUAGGAGGUGGAACGUUCUGGGGCCUACUUUCCCUGCUCACUGGAGCUCGCACGUUUGACGAGAUGCUCAGGUUGGCCGAAAAGGGCGACAAUAGUGGUGUUGACAUGCUCGUUGGUGACAUAUAUGGCGGCGGAUACAGCAAAAUCGGGCUGAAGAGCACCACCAUUGCCAGCACUUUUGGAAAAGUUUUCCGGAUGAAGAGAUUGGCUGAAAGACAUGCUGAAGAUGGAGAAGGUCUGUCCAAUGGCGACCCGCAUGGUGAAAAUGAAGACCGCCUUGGAGGAUUCAAGAUGGAAGACAUGGCCCGAAGUCUGUUGUAUGCAAUAUCCAACAACAUUGGACAAAUUGCCUAUCUUCAAUCUGAAAAACACAACCUCCAACAUAUUUAUUUUGGUGGAUCCUUCAUCCGAGGUCAUACACAAACGAUGAACACGCUUUCAUAUGCCAUCAAGUUUUGGUCCAAAGGCGAAAAGCAGGCAUAUUUUCUCCGUCACGAGGGAUACCUCGGCGCUGUCGGAGCAUUUCUCAAACGACAACCCAAAAAUUGGGGAAGACGCAACAGUCUUGAAGAUGUCAAACUCGGCAAGGCGCUGUCAAGAGACUAG